GAGCUUAUACACAAAUGUUUGUAGAUUUUUCUCUAUCUGGAAAAUGACAUUCGUUUUCUCCAAAGAUUUUCCCUGCAUCUUGAGCAUCUAUACACAAAAUCCAAAUAUGGCCACAACAGCAGUUAUGAAUACUCUGCUAUAAAACGGCCUCUACCCUCUUUAUUCUCCUCACACAUCAAACAACAAAAGCAAUGUCUCAUAGUUAUAGGGGGAGGCUGAAGAUGCAGUGGAUCAUGGACAAGACGAAGCGGAAGAAGGCGCUGGAUAGGCGCCUGCCCAAUGUGCUGAAGAAGGUCCGCGAGAUCUCCGUGCUCUGCGACACCCCUGCCUGCCUCGUGGUGUACCUCCCCGGCGAGGCCCGGCCCGUGGUUUGGCCGUCGCCCGAGGCGGCCAGGAAGGUUGUGCGCCGGUACAGAGACCUGGAUUUCGGGAGGUUCAAGGAAAAGCUGGACGGCCUGGAGAUCCUCCAGCAAAGAAAUGAGAAGGUGAGAGUGAGGCUGGCCAAAGUCCAGCAGCAGACCCGUAACCAGCAGGUCAAGCUCGUCCUCCACGACUUCCUCGCCGGCUACCGCGAAAACUUCAACGACCUGCCUAAUGACUUCCUCGCCGCCACGGCAUCGGCGGUGCAAACUAAGCUUGAUAUCGUCAAAGCGCGCCUCCUACAGCUCCGUUCUGGUCGCGCACCACCCCGUCCUAAACCCGAGGACGGCCGUAUGGUGGCAACACCUCGGAAUGCUGGUUCUGCUACAUCCAUGACUUUGGGCCGUGAGCCACCCUAUGGUAGCUACCUCUUCGGGACGCUGGACGCCUCUGACAUCGUAGGUGAAGGCAGUGUCCUCCCUACCGCUGAGGAGAUGCAUGCAUGGCUCAGGCGGGCUGGGAUAUUAUCUAGGCCGCCGAAGCUGAGCCCGAGCUUUCUUGACCUGUAGAACCGAGAGGGCUUCUUCGUCUAGAUUUGAUGCCGGUCUAUUUUUCUGGAGUAAACGUCGUUGCGGAAGUCUCUUAGAUUAUGCAUGGUUAUAUUGCUUCCAGCCUUUGAGUGAUCCAUCA